AUGAGUUUGAGUUUGAGACCGAGGGAAGGCACAUUCAAAGAAUACAUCACAUGGGUCGGAAUUGAUGUGACAUAUUUGAUAAUAAUCAUGUUGGCAGUCAUGAUUAUAAUAAGCAACAUAAGUAUUCUUCAAGAGUAUUUCUGUAAAAAUAUCGUAGUCAUAUUGGGAAUUGUCUUGUUUGCUGCCGCUCUGUUUGUCUUCACGUUUGGGCUCAAGAUAAUUCAGGAAAACUUUUGGUAUUCACAUAUUGACUAUGGACUAAUCGUCCUACUCAUAUCCAUCGCAUACUGUUGUGUUUUUGGUCGAUUCUACGCACUCUUUAUAUUUAUAAUCUUGAAUGUGUCUCUAGCAAUAGCUGCCGCAGUCAUGAUAAUCGCUGUCAAUCUGAAACGUUUGGAUUUGCCAGCGUUUCUGGCGGUCGUAUUCCUCGCAGUGCUCAUUGCAUUCAUAGGACUCCUAUCCAUCCUUCUCUACGCUCUGCAUGUUCCAUUCUCUGAAGCCGUUAGCGAACUGUGUCUAUGCAUCGGUUCAAUGCUCGGUUUAUUCCUUCUUGGAAACACAGUACGCGACUGUGUAGGUAGUAAACAUUCAUUCUGUUUUGCAAUGUGUCAGGCGUUCUUUUUCUGGAUUUUCAUUACUCUCUUAUUCUCAGGAAUUUACAUGUUGAUAUUACCUUCAAAAAAGAAGGAGGGUAACAGGGAUUAA